AUGUCUUCCAAUAAUAUACCCAGCUAUGUCACUGUGUCUUCCAAGAAUACAACCAGGUAUGUCACCCUGUCUUCUAAUGUCACUGUGUCUUCCAAGAAUCACACAGCUAAUUCAAUGUGUCUUCCAAUAAUGCACCCAGCUAUGUCAUCCUUUUUUUAUGCCACAGUAACUUCCAAAAGUUCACCCAGCUAUGCCACUGUCUCUUCCAAGAAUACACCCAGCUAUGUCACUGUGUCUCCCAAGAAUACACCAAGCUAUGUCACUGUGUCUCCCAAUAAUACACACAGCUAUGUCACUGUGUCUCCCAAUAAUACACACAGCUAUGCCACUGUGUCUCACAAUAAUACACACAGCUAUGUCACCCUCCUUUCAAUGUCACCUCAACUUCAUGAUCCCAGGUUCUCUGGUAGGUAG